AGUGUGGGCAAGACAGCCGGAGUCUAGCCGUCUAGGAAGCCGCGGAUCACCCAGCAGGGAGCAACUGCCCGGCCUUAGCAGGACCUCAAAGAACAGGGCUCGGGCGCUGACAGGAUGCCUCUAUUUGCCGCCAACCCCUUUGAGCAAGACGUGGAAAAAGCCACAAAUGAGUACAACACCACAGAAGAUUGGAGUCUUAUUAUGGACAUAUGUGACAAAGUUGGAAGCACUCCUAAUGGAGCAAAAGAUUGCCUAAAAGCCAUAAUGAAAAGGGUAAAUCAUAAGGUUCCUCAUGUUGCUCUGCAGGCAUUAACUCUUCUUGGGGCUUGUGUGGCAAACUGUGGAAAGAUAUUUCAUUUAGAAGUAUGUUCCCGUGAUUUUGCAUCAGAAGUACGUGCUGUGAUAAAAAAUAAGGCUCAUCCUAAAGUAUGUGAAAAACUGAAAUCUUUAAUGAUGGAAUGGUCAGAAGAAUUUCAGAAGGAUCCCCAGUUUAGUCUUAUAUCUGCAACUAUUAAAUCUAUGAAAGAAGAAGGAAUUACUUUUCCUCCAGCAGGUUCUCAGACUGUCUCAGCUGCUGCCAAGAAUGGAACAUCAUUGAGCAAAAACAAAGAAGAUGAAGACAUAGCUAAAGCUAUUGAAUUAUCUUUGCAAGAGCAGAAACAACAACACACAGAGACAAAAUCUUUAUAUCCAUCUGCAGAAAUUCAGUUAAAUAAUAAGGUUGCACGAAAAGUGAGAGCUUUAUAUGAUUUUGAAGCUGUUGAGGACAAUGAACUUACCUUUAAACAUGGUGAAAUCAUUAUUGUUUUGGAUGACAGUGAUGCCAAUUGGUGGAAAGGAGAAAAUCACAGAGGAAUAGGUCUUUUCCCAUCUAAUUUUGUCACAACUAAUUUAAACUUGGAGUCUGAGGCAGCAGUUGUGGACAAAUUGAAUGUAAUUGAUGAUGAUGUGGAGGAAAUUAAGAAAUCAGAGCCCACGCCUAUUUAUAUUGAUGAGGAUAAGAUGGAUAGAGCCCUGCAGGUACUCCAAAGUAUAGAUCCAGCAGAUUCAAAACCAGAUUCCCAAGACCUUUUGGAUUUGGAAGAUACCUGUCAACAGAUGGGUCCGAUGAUAGAUGAAAAACUUGAAGAGAUUGAUCGGAAACAUUCAGAAUUGUCUGAAUUGAAUGUAAAAGUCCUGGAAGCUCUGGAACUAUAUAACAAAUUAGUGAAUGAAGCACCAGUGUAUUCAGUCUAUUCAAAACUCCAUCCUCCAGCACAUUAUCCGUCUACAUCAGCUGGAGUUCCAGUGCAGACAUAUCCAGUUCAAUCACAUGGUGGAAACUACAUGGGUCAAAACAUUCACCAAGUAACUGUUGCCCAAAACUACAGCCUAGGACCGGAUCAUAUUGGUUCACUGAGAUCUCUGCCUCCAAGUGUAAAUUCCUCGGUAACAACACAACCUACUCAAACUCCAUAUUUAAGCACUGGACAAGAUACUAUUUCCAAUUCUCCUUAUAUGAACCAGAACUCUAACCUUCAGUCAGCUACUGGUACAGCUGCUUACUCACAGCAGAUGGGGAUGUCUGUGGAUAUGUCAUCUUACCAGAACACUACUUCCAAUUUGCCGCACCUGGCAGGCUUUCCCAUGGCAGUUCCAGCUCAGUCGGUUGCACAGCAGCAAACAAAUUACCAUCAGCAACCUCUCCUUUAGAGAUAAACCAAGCAUUUUCGUGGAAGUCUUCAUACAUGUCACUCAACCCUUGUGAUUCUAAUCUGAAAAUAUUAAAAGGAAACUUCCCUCCGAACUCAAAAGGACCAUGAAUAAAUAAAGCACAAAAACCUAACUUACUCUAAAGGCCAUAAAAGUUUUUUUCAGUCCAAUUUGUUUGAAGUCAGCGUCAGCUUAAAGAUGCUUCCACUUAGUUUUGUCAUACUUUCAAAUGUUUCUCUGUGAAUUUGGACACCCAAUAAGUAGCCUUAUAACACUAAACAAUAUGAGAUAGAAGUGUAAACAUUUUACUUUAAAGAAACCAUUGUUUCCCCCUAAAAUGUCUUGAUGAGAGCAUUGAAGACCUUUAAGUGUUUUUCAUCCACAUUUUUUUUUUUUUACCAUUUCCCACACACUGUUGUUUUAAAAAGCAAACAUCUUUUUUUGUGUAAGCAUUUAGUUUGUCAACAUACUUCCUUUUGGCUCUUUAAAUUGCAGUUGUAUUUGCAGUGCUGUCAGUUUUGCUCACAGUGUUAUGUUGAGUAAUAAUUAGCAUAUAAUUGUCUACAGAAGCAAGAGAAUUUGGAAGGAACAAAAAUGUUUUCCUUAUUAACAGCAAAAACCGUGUAAAUGCAGAUGUGUGAGCCAGUUCCCUACUCAUGCCCACCCUGGGCUAAAGAAUGCCCAUAAAACAUUUCCAUUCCCUGGGGAAAAACAUUUCCUUUUCUGCAAGCAUCUUUGUAUUUAAAAUUGCCACUAAUGACCUUAACAAAUCACUUUGGCCAUUGUCUAGUGAAGAUAUGGUCCAUUUAUUUUACUUCCUGUGGUGUGGUGUGCAGAGAUUCUGUGUUUCCUUUUUGUGGAUUAUACCUGAAUUUGAGCCAUGAGACAUACCUAAUAAUUUGAUGUGAUAUAAAACAAGCAUGGAUGAUAAGUUUGUUUUUAAUUGAUGUGUUGUUAUUUUAAAAGAAGUGAUUCAAAUACCAUUCCUAAGAUGUCAUUGUGCCAAACUGUUGAAAAAUAUCAUCUCCUUUCACAAGUAAUUCUGAACUUUUGGAAUAAUAGCAGGCGAUGAUUUGAUAGAAGGCAAUGGAUUGAUAGACAGUUCAGUCAGAUUUUCUGAAGCCCAUGUUUUAAAUUAGUUUAUAGCUAGUAGAAUCCACAUACUGUAGAAGUUGGUAGAAAACUAAGGAUUGUUUUCUCUAUUCAAAAUUUGCACACUACUUUAUCACCUACCAACUUUUUACAUAGCACAAAAUUGAAAGUGCAAAUCCAUAUACUUAUAGAUAAAUGAUAUUUAGACUGGGAAAAAUAAUGGAUAUAAGUUUAAUUUUUAAAAAGUUAAAACAUUUUCGCAUGGAUGCUAUAUUUCUAUCUUUGUUUUUUAAAGAAAAUAAUCUUUCUACUAAGAAUCCAUUUGAAGACAGUUCUAGAAAUUUUGUUAUUUAUUUACAGAAAUUUGAUUAUAAGGAUGUUCCUUUUUCAAAGAAACUUUGUUCUAGAACAAAAUACUGUAUAUAAUACCUGGCCUAUAUUUAAAAAAUGAAAACAAGCAGUAUUUGAAAACUUAGUUUCUGUUGUAUUAUUUCACUACGAUAACAAAAGAAAUUUGUAACCUUCAACGCCUCAUGUUUACUUUUUCAUUUAAUAUUUUCCUUCCAUAGGAAAUCAGCUAUGCACUUACAUUCUAAAAUGGCACCUUACUUCUCAGAGACAAAUUAUCUGUUCUUUAAAAAAAGAAAAUGUAAAAAAUGUCCAAAGCUGCUUUUGGUAAUUCAAGUUAAUAUUUAUCUAUAUAUAUAAUUUUACAUUUUCUUUCAAACUAUAUAUAAUAAAUUUGUUUUAUCAUUUGUAUAAAUAUUUUAUAUUUAAUUGUGACCUUAAUUGGGAAAAUUUACUUCAUUAUAAGCCUUUGAACCAGUAUAAAUACUGCAUACCCACUAAAUUGGAAUCGACCAGUUAAGUUUAGCUAAUGUAGUUUUGGAAUAAUGAAACAUAUGACAUGUAUAUAAAUAGUCUAUAUUGGCAUUUAUCUGUGAAAAUUUAUAUAUGCAGAAAUUUCUUCCUCUUAAAAAUUUAUUUUUGCCAUUAUAAGGAAUACUGUGUUGCAGAUUGGCGGUAUAAAAAUUAUAUUAAAUCUGUA